AUGGAUAGAAAUUGGAAAGAAACUUUAGUUGUGCUCAUCCCUAAAGUGUCUAAUCCGGUGCUGCCAACCAACUUCAGACCCAUUAGCCUAUGCAACUCAGUGUACAAGGUUGUGGCUAAGCUGAUUCUGAACAGACUCAUUCCAGUUGUUCCUAAACUCAUCUCUGAGGAGCAGGCAGCAUUUAUUAAGGCUGGAAGUGGCUUCCGACAAGGUUGUCCACUCUCUCCAAUUCUCUUCAUUCUUUGCUCUCAACUUCUCUCCAAUGCACUUUCUUUAUCUUCUGUUGGCAUUAAAAUCUACCCAAAAGGUCCUCUGAUUUCUCAUUUACUUUAUGCUGAUGAUGUGUUGAUCUACUCAGAAGCUAAUAGGAAAGAGGCUAAAGAGAUUAAAGAAAUUCUGGAUAAUUUCAGCAGGAUUGAUAUUGGAAACGGUAAAAAAAGAACCUCUACUUCUUGGAAAAUUAUCAAAGAUGGUGGAAAAGCUCUCAAUCCUAUCUUAAGAUGGAAUGUUAUUAAUGGCAAAUCUAUUAACACUAUGGAAGAUAAUUGGAUCUUAGAUAGGAGUAUUAAGAAAUGUCUUACAUUUGUUAUCCCCCAUAAUGAGGACAAUGUUAUGCUGGAUAAAUUUAUACAAGGAGGAAAUUGGAAUAUAGCAGAAUUGAAGAAGUUCUUUGGAGCUGAUUUGGUGGACUUGAUUCUACAAAUUACUAUCAAUGCAAAUCUUAUGGAAGAUGAGUAG